GAAGCCAUGAAUGUGUCGGGAGUCAACACGGUGACUGAAUUCAUACUCCUGAGUUUUCCCUGCUCUAGAGAGGUUCAAGUCCUCCUCUUUGUGCUCUUCUCUGUGUCCUACAUCCUGACACUGAUGGGGAAUGGGGCCAUUGUCUUUGCAGUGAAGCUGGAUCACAGACUCCACACUCCCAUGUACACUCUGUUGGCCAACUUCUCGUUCCUGGAGAUGUGUUACAUCAACACCACCAUUCCCAAUAUGUUAAGGAACUUCCUGUCUGAGACCAAAACCAUCUCUUUCACUGCCUGCUUCCUCCAGUUCUACUUCUUCUUCUCCAUGGGCAUUACUGAGACCUUCUUACUGCCCCUCAUGGCUUUUGAUCGAUACUUGGCCAUCUGCCGACCUCUCCACUAUCCUACCAUCAUGAGCAGCCGUCUCUGCAUCAACUUGGUUGGCCUCUGCUGGGUAACAGCCUUCCUCUGUUAUCCAGUCCCUAUCUAUUUCAUCACACAACUCCCCUUUUGUGGCCCCAAUAUCAUUGACCACUUUGUCUGUGAUCCUGGUCCUUUACUGGCCCUGUCCUGCAUCCCUGCCCCUGGAAUUGAGCUUUCCUGUUCUAUAUUGAGCUCUCUUAUUAUUUUUAUCACCUUCUUCUUUAUCCUUUGGUCCUACACCCUGGUUCUCAGAGCAGUGUUGCGUGUCCCUUCAGCCGCUGGCAGACGUAAGGCCUUCUCCACCUGUGGUUCCCACCUGGCUGUGGUAUCUCUGUUCUAUGGAACCAUCAUGAUGAUGUACAUCAGCCCAACCUCUGGAAAUCCAGCUGGGAUACAGAAGAUUGUAACCUUGCUGUACUCAGCAGUGACUCCACUUGUAAACCCACUGAUCUACAGUCUCCGGAACAAGGACAUGAAGAUUGCCUUGAGAAAAAUUCAGAUGUUUACAAAAACUGGCCAAAGCAAACAAGAGCUCAUGAGUGGACCAAGAUCAUAA